GAAGCGUGGCGCCUAAAAGCUGAGGACGUAGGUAACACGCCCUCCAGCUCCCCCGACACUUGUCGAGGUCACUCCUCCAGCCCGAGUAAGCCCCCAUGCAGGGAGCACCCGGAGGCCCGGAGUACCGGUGGGGCUCGCCUGCCGGGAGAGAGGAGGCGGCCGAGGUUCAGCGGGGUGAGGUGAAGCGGAGAGCUAGCGUGGAGGGGAAGUCCGCUGACCCAGCGCCGGGCCCGCACACAGACGGGGUGCGGCACCUGCCUUGCCUCUUCAUUGCCUUUCCCACAGGGAGGGCCCUGGGGCCCACUGCACAGGUGGAUGUGUUCCGUGAAGACCUGUGUACCAAGACAGAGAACCUGCUUGGAAGCUACUUCCCCAAGAAGAUUUCUGAGUUGGAUACAUUUUUAAAGGAGCCAGCUCUCAAUGAAGCCAACCUGAGCAAUCUGAAGGCCCCAUUGGACAUCCCAGUGCCUGACCCAGUGAAGGAGAAAGAGAAGGAGGAGCGGAAGAAACAGCAGGAGAAGGAAGACAAGGAUGCAAAGAAGAAAGAUGAUGAAGACAAAGGUCCUCCCUGUGGCCCAGUAAACUGCAACGAGAAGAUUGUGAUCCUCCUGCAGCGCUUAAAGCCUGAGAUCAAGGAUGUUAUUGAACAGCUUAACCUGGUCACCACCUGGUUGCAGCUGCAGAUACCUCGGAUUGAGGAUGGAAACAACUUUGGAGUGGCUGUCCAGGAGAAGGUGUUUGAGCUGAUGACUGCCCUUCACACCAAGCUGGAAGGAUUCCACAGUCAAAUCUCCAAGUAUUUCUCUGAGCGAGGCGAUGCUGUGGCCAAAGCAGCCAAGCAGCCCCAUGUGGGUGAUUAUCGGCAGCUGGUGCACGAGCUGGAUGAGGCAGAAUACCGGGACAUCCGGCUGAUGGUCAUGGAGAUCCGAAAUGCUUAUGCUGUGUUAUAUGACAUCAUCCUGAAGAAUUUUGAGAAGCUCAAGAAGCCCAGGGGAGAAACAAAGGGAAUGAUCUAUUGAGAGCCUCCUCUCACACUGCAGUGGGUCCAAGAGAGAACUUCCUGUCUUUGACAGAGAACUCCAGAUUUUGUCCUACCUUCAGCCCGUUGAGGUUUCUCCCUCACUUUGAUUCUCAGGCACAAUAAAUAUAGUCGUAAAGGUA